UGUAUGCACUGCAUUCCCGACCGUCUGGCAACCCAGUUAUCCAAAACGUGUAAAAUUUCCAAUCUCUUUGCAUGAUUAAAACGCGAAAAGGAUUUUCUAAAACAGCUUUUAUAUUUUCAAGAAGACAAAAUGUCUGCCACCCACAAACAGCGCUAUAAAAAUACUGCCUUGGACUCUACGGAGAUGCGGCGUCGUCGUGAGGAAGUGGGCAUCCAGUUGCGGAAGAACAAACGCGAACUGCAGCUCAUUAAGCGGCGCAAUGUGGUCUUAGAGCCAGCUACAUCUUCGACAUCAACCGGAAUGGAGAGCGGCGGUACCAACGAACUACAGGCUGCUGACAUGCAAAUGGCUGACAGCACUACUGGACCGUCUCCUUUUCCAGGCGGACUAAACGAGCCAGGUACCGGAAUCGGAGCUCAACCAUCCGUAAUUAACAAGGAGAUGAUCCAGAUGCUUUACAGUGAACGUGAAUGCGACCAGCUGGAGGCCACGCAAAAGUUCCGUAAACUGCUCUCCCGCGAUCCCAAUCCCCCUAUCGAGGAGGUCAUCCAGAAGGGAAUUGUACCACAGUUUGUCACCUUUCUGCGGAACAGCUCGAAUGCAACACUGCAAUUUGAGGCCGCAUGGACGCUGACGAACAUUGCUUCUGGAACCUCGCAUCAGACCAAAAUCGUAAUCGAGGCCGGAGCAGUGCCCAUUUUUAUAGAAUUGCUAUCCAGUCCCCAUGACGAUGUUCAGGAACAGGCUGUGUGGGCCUUGGGUAACAUAGCUGGUGACUCACCCACAUGCCGAGAUUAUCUGCUUGGCUCCAAUAUUCUAAUGCCCCUCCUGCAUGUUUUGAGCAAAUCGGAGCGCAUAACCAUGAUACGAAAUGCCGUUUGGACGCUAUCAAACCUCUGUCGCGGCAAGAAUCCGCCCGCGGACUUUGCCAAAAUUGUCCACGGCUUGCCCAUACUUGCACAGUUACUGGACUACGCUGAUGCGGACGUGCUUAGCGAUACUUGCUGGGCCAUUAGCUACCUGUCGGAUGGACCCAACGAUAAAAUUCAGGCUGUAAUUGAUGCGGGAGUUUGUCGACGUCUAGUAGAGCUUUUACUACAUCCUCAACAAAAUGUAAGCACAGCCGCUCUGAGGGCUGUGGGCAACAUUGUUACUGGCGACGAUCAGCAGACCCAGGUGAUAUUAGGGUAUAACGCCCUACCCUGCAUUAGCCACUUGCUGCGAUCGACGACGGAAACAAUUAAGAAGGAAUCCUGCUGGACAAUCUCGAAUAUUGCAGCCGGCAAUCGAGAGCAAAUCCAGGCCAUAAUCAAUGCCAACAUCUUCCCUCAGCUGAUGAUUAUUAUGCAGACGGCAGAAUUUAAGACUCGCAAAGAAGCAGUAUGGGCCAUUACCAACGCCACUAGUAGUGGAACCUCAGAGCAGAUAAACUACCUAGUACAAGUAGGCUGUGUGCCUCCUAUGUGCGAUUUCCUUACUGUCGUUGACUCGGAUAUUGUCCAGGUGGCGUUGAAUGCACUUGAAAACAUUUUGAAGGCAGGUGAAAAGUUCCAAGCACGACCAAAUCCAUAUGCCAUUACCAUAGAGGAAUGUGGAGGUCUGGACAAGAUAGAGUAUCUGCAGGCACACGAAAACCGCGACAUCUACCACAAAUCGUUUUACAUUAUCGAACAGUACUUUGGCAACGAGGAAGAGGACUCACGGGUGGCCCCCGUUGCAGGUGCCCAGCAGUUUGAGUUCGAUCCGGACAACAUGCCCAGCACCGACUUUAACUUUUAGCACCAUACUGGGCAGCACAUCACCAACACUAUCAAAAUUCAAGUCCUUCUGAAGUCCGCAAAACAUAGCACACAACAGGAAGCGAAGGCUUGCUGCCUAACAGGAUUGAAAUGGACGCCAGAGCACGGAACAUAGACGGCAGGAAAGGGCAGACAAUGCCUAAGUGCAGUCACUACUAGCAUUUAAGUAAAGUUGGUCUUUCAGUCGGCACGUUUUCGUUUCCUAGUUACUCAUACUCGUCUGCGGUUUAAAAUAUAAUUUUCGAAGUGGUCCAGGACCAAUAAUGACCUUACUCGAGCAUUUCUCCAGCGAAAUCGCUUAUACCUAGUUCGUAUAUACUAUUUUAAUAUGUUAUACAACCAAUUGUAUAUGUUUUUGAUUUUCUCAGAUUGAGUUUGUAAAUAUUUUUCAUUAAGCCCAACUACGUUGAAACCCUGACAUGGUGUUGUUAUACAUUCAUACAAACAAACGUACUUUACGAUCAUGAUAACGAAUAACUUGAGAAGUUUUUAUUUCAUUUUGUUACGCAAAUCGCUGAAUGUAAAUUUGUUUAAAUUAUGAAAUAUUAUUUAACAUAAAGGACACAUUAAUAAAGAACAACAACUAGACCACAACUAUAUUUAUUCAAACUUAUUUGACCUCUUUAAAUGUGUGAAGAUUGAAAUUCAAACUAAAUGUAAGAAAAUAUUUUCGUAUGCCCGUAAUUAAAAUUUCACAAUGUUUUGAAAUAUCUUAGUGUAAUAUAAUUAUCACCAUAUCUGGUUAAUAGCUAAACAACGAAAUAUAUUUAUUCUAUAUUCCUAUA